GUGGUCGCUCAGAAUAGGCCUCAGGCCUACCUCAACGGCGCCAACAUGGGGUGGCACUGCGACAUCUGCUGGUUGCGCCACCUGGAGGAACAGGGCAUCCCAACGCCGACGGGAGCAACAUUCGCCGACAGAGUCAAGGAGCAUGAGCAACAGAGGACGGGUGCCAACAACGACAAGGCGAACGCCCUCCCCUCCCUGGGCCACCUCCCACUUGGCUUUGGAUGUAGCCCCCAGGCGGACACGAGGACGUUAGCGGACCUCCUCAUGACGCCGACGGGCAUGAAGAUCCCCGAGCGAGCCAAUACCACCAUUCCCAUCCUACGGAUCCGGGACGAGCGUUUCGGCCUCAAAGCCGCGCAGACCCAGAUCUACUCCGCGCG